CUUCAGCCUGUGCACUUCGCUUAACUUUUUGCUUGACCCCCUUCUCCCUUCCUCAAGAAAGAUAAAAGUAAAGACUAAUUGAGUUGUCAUUUUAAGAAAACAUUACUUAACUUUUCAAAGGACACAGUCUACUGCAGAUUAGGAGCUUCUUGUGGACCGCGGAGACUCCAAGAGAGAUCAUUUUCAUAGGACAGCUGUUUAAAGACGUGGUUUGAAAGGGUUGACAGACCACCACCAUGCAAGGGAUGGAUUAUGACAAUCAUGAAAAUGAGAACAAGUACUGCAUGAGAGGUAAGCAUGUGGCCAUCAUCUGCGCCGUGGUGGUGGUAGCAGCCCUUGCAGUUGGACUGGGUGUAGGACUUUCAAAAUCGGAGUCCUCCAAAGCUCCUGAAGAACCAACAAGCAGCCCUGACCCACCAGUAGACCGAGGGCCUUGCACCCCCUCCAACAGCAUUGGGGUUUGGAACAACUUCAGACUACCUGACUAUGUGAUCCCAGUCCAUUACGACCUGGAGCUGGCACCAAAUUUGAACAAUGACAUCUAUACAGGUAGCACAACCAUAACCAUUAACAUCAAGCAGGCCACUAAACACCUGUGGCUUCACAUCCGAGAGACCUUUGUCACUGCGAUCCCCAAGCUGCAGAAGAAAUCGGGGAACACUCAGCAGGAUGUUGCAGUGUUAAGUUGUUUUGAGUAUAAGGCCCAGGAGUAUGUGGUUGUAGAACUGAAAGAGAGUUUGCAGCCAUCAGAGAAUGAUGACCAUUACCUGCUGACACUGGAGUUCCAGGGCCGAUUAGAUGGAUCCCUGGUUGGGUUCUAUAAAACCACUUACAUGGAAAAAGGAGUUCUAAAGAAGAUUGCUGCAACCGACCAUGAGCCCACAGAUGCCCGGAAAUCCUUCCCAUGUUUUGAUGAACCCAACAAAAAAGCAACCUACAAAAUAUCAAUAAUACACGAGAAAGACUACAAUGCACUCUCCAAUAUGCCAGAGGAGAACAGAAUUGUACUUCAAGAUGGCUCUAUUAAAACAACAUUCCAGAAGUCUGUACCAAUGAGUACCUAUUUGGUGUGCUUUGCUGUGCACCAGUUUGUUGCUGUGAAGAGAAUGUCAGCCAAAGGAAUACCUCUCAACAUUUAUGUCCAGCCGGAACAAAAACACACUGCUGAGUAUGCUGCAAACACCACCAAGAUCAUUUUUGACUACUUUGAGUGGUACUUCAAAAUGAACUACUCGCUCCCCAAACUAGAUAAGAUAGCUAUUCCAGAUUUUGGAACUGGUGCCAUGGAGAACUGGGGUCUGAUCACAUACAGGGAAAACAAUCUGCUGUAUGAUCCAGACCAAUCUUCCUCAUAUAAUAAGCAAAGGGUAGCCAGCGUCAUUGCCCACGAGCUUGUUCAUCAGUGGUUUGGAAACAUUGUGACAAUGGAUUGGUGGGAUGAUUUGUGGCUCAAUGAGGGCUUUGCCAGUUUCUUUGAAUACAUUGGAGUGAAUGAAGCUGAACCAGACUGGAAAAUGCUUGAUAUGAUGGUCAUCGAUGACGUUUUACCAGUAAUGCGAGAUGAUGCCCUGCUAUCCUCCCAUCCCAUUAUAGUAGAUGUGUCAACCCCAGCUGAAAUAACAUCGGUUUUUGAUGGUAUAUCAUAUAGCAAGGGUGCAUCAGUGUUACGCAUGCUUCAGGACUGGAUUAGUCCAGAACAUUUUCAAACGGGAUGUCAGAACUAUUUAAAGGAUUUUCAAUUUAAGAAUGCAAAAACUGACAACUUCUGGGAAUCGCUUGCUAAGGUGAGCGGGAAACCAGUGAAAGAAGUGAUGGACACUUGGACAAAGCAGAUGGGGUUUCCUUUGCUGAAUGUGUCAGAAAGUUAUUCCAUGACACAAAAGCGUUUUCUGUUAGACCCCAAAGCAGAUAUCACUCAGCCGCCAACAGAUUUGGGCUAUAAAUGGACUAUCCCUAUACAGUGGCAUGCAGUGAACAGUACAAAAAACGGAACCGCUAUCUUUAACAUGUCAGAAAAUGAAAUUACAUUGGCUGGAUAUUCAACUAAUGAUGGACUGCUAAAAGUAAAUAGAGAUCACUUGGGAUUCUACAGAGUAAAUUAUCACACUGAAAUGUGGGACAACAUUUCUCUCCAGCUGUCCAUGGAUAAAGGGAUGUAUAGCAUUGCUGACCGAGCUGGGCUCAUAGACGAUGUUUUUUCUCUGGCAAGGGCAGAUCUUCUUGAUUAUCAACAUGCUUUAAACCUCACAAAAUACUUGACAAAUGAAACAGAAUACUUAGUUUGGCAAAGAGUGUCUUCUUCCAUAUCAUACGUGACAGACAUGCUGAUGAAUGAUGAUACACUUUACAACACAUUCAAGACUUAUUUCCGUGAUCAAGUUAAACCAAUUGCUGACCAUCUGGGGUGGGAAGACACAGGAUCCCACUUGGACAGGUUACUGAGGGAAACUGUCUUGGGAAUUGCUUGCCAGAUGGAUGACCAAGAUGCUUUAAAUAAUGCCUCUGCUUUAUUUAACGAGUGGCUUAAGAAAAACAUAAGCGUUCCAGUUAACCUUAGACUCUUGGUAUACCGCUAUGGAAUGAAGAAUUCUGGGGAUGAGGAAUCUUGGAAUGCUAUGUUCGAAAUAUACACCAACACAAGUCUUGCUCAGGAAAAGGACAAGCUGCUGAAUGGGUUAGCUUCAGUGCAGGACAUCAAGCUUUUGGACAGGUUCUUAAAAUCCAUCAAAAAUGAAAGUAUUGUCAAGAGUCAAGAUGUGUUUACCAUUGUAAAAUAUAUCUCAUAUAACGCAUAUGGAAAUACUAUGGCCUGGGACUGGACACGGUUGAAUUGGGAGUACUUGGUGAACAGAUUUACCAUUAAUGACAGAAACUUGGGUCGUUUGAUAAACUCCAUUUCAGGAACAUUCAAUACAGAACUGGAGCUGUGGCAGAUGCAAAACUUCUUUGAGAAAUAUCCAGAGGCAGGCGCAGGAGAGACACCACGGAAGCAGGCUCUGGAAACUCUGAAUAACAACAUUGAAUGGGUGAAGAGGAACAAGGAUGAGAUUCGGAGAUGGCUCGACACUAUUCCUAAAUAAAAACACAAUGAACUGCCUGCUGCACAACGGAAGCACUCCAAAAACUAAUGUAAAUAUAUAAUUGUAAGCUCUGGUGAUCUUCAGAAGUCUUUUCCUUAUUACUUGGGUAUCUCUUUGUGGACAUUGUGUAUAGAGUACAUAAUAUUGAUGUUUUCAGCUGUAGUUGAUUGCCUCUAAACAAACUGUAUUUACACAACUGAAAUUCCAAACAAGCAAUGAAACUGUAAACAAAUUAUUAUUUUAAUUUGAAAAUGUGUCAUGUUUUAAGGGACCUCAUCUAUAUAACAGUAUCGAUACAGAUGAAUCAACAAGAUAGUUAGGACUGGAUUCUGGUGAUGAAGCACAUGUUAACAAAUAUUUACAAAAUGAGAGUGAUUCAUUUUAAAUUUUAGAUUCAAAAAUUAGAUUUUGUAAUACAUACAUACCAAAUAUAAACUGUGUGUGGGCCGGGCCUUUCAUGUGAAUCCAAUGCAAAUGAAUGUGAGAAUGCAGAGUAUCAUCAAGCUGGUUGUGAAGAUAUUAGACUUGAUAGUUUACUUGUCAAAAGCAAAAUCAAUUGGACUUUAACUCUGUUGCAUCAUCGAAAGGUGAAGUCGAAAUGUUUCUUAUUAUUUGUAACUGAUCUUUGAGUGCCAAUAUUAACAAUUAGAUCUUGCUUAAUUGGUCAGUGGUAAAUAGUCGUGGUGGCAUCUAGUGUUGGACUUGCAAAACACCAACCAUUUAUAGAAUCAGCCAGAAACAUUUUACAAAUAAUAAAACUUUAAAUCCCAGUGUA